AUGGCCAGCCGUCCGCUCUUGUCUGAAGCCACGCAGCUUAUCAAGAAGCUCUCUGCCACCCCGACAUUGGCGGCGCAAAAUGAUAUACUUCGGCAGGCUGGUUCCGUUGACUCCCAAGCCUCUCUUCAAGCCAACAAGGCCACUUUCUUCUUUCAACUGGAACGUGAACUCGACAAGGUGAAUGCCUUCUACUUGCAAAAAGAGGCCGAGCUAAAGAUUCGGUUGAAAACUCUUCUGGACAAGAAAAAGGUCCUACAAACAAGAGACGGCAUCUCAAGACGCUCUUCCAAGUUUACAACACUCGAGGAGGGCUUUCAACAGUUUGCUACUGACUUGAACAAGCUCCAGCAGUUUGUUGAAAUUAACGGCACUGCAUUCUCCAAGAUUCUCAAGAAGUGGGACAAGACGUCCAAGUCCAAAACCAAGGAGCUUUAUCUGUCCAGGGCCGUCGAAGUCCAGCCAUUUUUUAACGCACCCGUUAUAAGUGAACUCUCGGAUCAGGCCACGACUAGUCUUCAAGAGCUGGGCGCCUGGUCCGAUGGCAUACAGGUCAAUUUUCAGACACCAGGGCAUGUCGUCACGAGCCAACACUUUAUGGGGACUGAUGAAGGAGAUGCCGACACACUGUUGCUGGAUACCGUCAUUACGGGGAACCUAGAGACGCUCAGAGAACUCUUGACGAAGAUGCAAUCCGCGAGCAGCUCAACAGACGGAGGAAGCUCAUUGCCUGAUCGUGUCACCAGGACCUUCCUGACGGCAAUCCAUGAUGCGCCCGAAGAGUCUCUGCGCGUUCUUUUAGAUACUGGACUCGUCGACUUGCAGUCAUAUGAUGAUAUCAACGAGAGAAAUUGUCUUCAUCAGGCCACCAUAUAUGGCAAACAGUAUGUCUUGGAAUGGGGGCUAAAAGCCGGGGUCUCUGUCGAUAGGACAGAUGUAUAUGGACGAGUGCCGUUGCACUACGCCAGUUUACAUGGUCGUCUGGAUAUGCUCGAGGCUCUAUUAAAUGUGAAUUCCUCAACGAUUAACCUCAUUGACCACGACAACUUUACUCCGCUUAUCCACUCAAUUAUUCAUGGUCAUAUUGAUUGCAUACAGCGUUUGCUCGCUAGAUCGGCAAGAAUCGAUCCGGUAUCGGACUCAGACCAUGUCCCGUUGAAUUUAGCUUGUGAGCACGGCUCCGAGGCAGUUGUCGAGCUGCUCUUAAGGCACGGAGCGAAUAUUUUGCCCGACGCAGAAGGCUUAUAUCCACAGCACCUGGUGGCGAGGUCGGGAAAGACAUCGGAGUUGCUGCUCCUGCUCAAAAAAUUUGGAGCUGAUUUAGACCAAGUUGAUAAGCUGUAUGGGUGGACUCCGCUUGUCCAUGCGGCGAGCGAAGGCAACGUUGACUGCCUGCAGGCGCUGCUCAAGGUUGGAGUUGACGUCAAUAUUGUGGAUGAGAAAGAUCUCCCAGCCAUGUACUACGCCGCGUGGGAAGGCCAUCUGGAAUGCAUGAAACUACUUACCCCAUUCAACACUCACAUUCGCGCCAGCCCACUCGUCCUACAGUCGUCACCUGGCCCUACUGACAGCAGCAAUGCACCCGGUCCCAUGUCCUUGGAUCCCGACGCAAUCCCCAUACUCGAACUGCCCCCUCCCAUCAUUCCCCUCCGCCGCUACGGUCAUAACUUCCUCGACACUAAAACCGUCGUACAACUCAGCUUCGAUGACCUUCACGAGCAGCCUUUGAUAUUCUUUCAAGAUGGAAAAUAUCCGGCGGCGCGACUGACAAUCUCCUCCAAGCUAUCAGAUCUCAUCCCAAAGAAUAUUAUUCUCCCCUUUCAAGAAGAUACCCGCAUGGUUUCAUUCCAAGUUGACAACCUCGAUACAUUUUCUCUCGAUUUCGAUGUUUUCCCUACGUACGGUGCCAAGAUUAUCGCCAAGACGGUGGUAUUGCCUAGCGCUUUCAAGACGCAGCAAGGCGGAAUCUCAAAGUGUUGCCUGCCUCUGUUUGAUCCACGACUUAGGGCAAUUGGCCAGAUUACUUUUAGCACCCAGGUGAUCAAGCCGUUCAAUGGUCAGCCAUUGGAAAUCACGGACUUUGAGACGUACUGGAAAGCGACGAGCCAGUUUAACCAGCCCACUAGUGCUGUGGUAACUGGAUCAAGUUUAUCCGGUGACUACGUCCGGCUAUUUGUGCAAUAUACGGCUGAUGGAGUCCCAGUGAUUUGGUCUCAAUGGACGAUCAGUUGUGGAGGACUAGAUCUGCCACUGUGUCGACUGUCCCUACAGCAGUUCCUGACGAUUACUGCCGAAAACACCUGUCGAGCUGCGUUGCCUAGCCUGUCAUCGAAGACUGUUGAUAACAUUGCGGAGGUAUAUCACAUCCUCGCUACAGCAGGCAUCACCCUCAAGGAUGCUCUGGCCAUCCUCCCUCGCGGCAUCAACGUGAAUCUGCAGGUCCUAUACCCGACGCAGGAGGAAGAAAAGGCGCUUGCGCUCGGUCCUGCGUUGGACGUCAACGUCUUUGUUGAUGCUAUUCUUACUGUCGUGUUUGAUCAUGCUCGUGCGCAGAGAGCCCAAUACCAGUCUCCAGAGGCAGCUCGUUCCAUGGUGUUCAGCAGCUACAAUGCUCGGUUGUGUACAGCCUUGAACUGGAAGCAGCCGAACUUUCCUGUGUUCUUGUGCAACGAUCUCGGCCGCGAGGACAAUAUCUUGGAAGAAAAUAUGCUUCGACCGAGUGGAAGACGAGGUACAUCCAUCAAAGAAGUAGUUCGAAUUGCCCAGAGUAAUAACUUUAUGGGGCUGAUCUGCUACUCCAAAUUAUUGGACAUGGUGCCUGCUCUCGUGGACGCUAUAAAAUCUCAUGGUUUAGCACUCGUCAUGGACAAGUCGACAGAUUCCCCCAGCACAAGUCCGAUGACGGACCCAUUCCCUCGACCUCCCAAAGGUGUAGACGGUGUUUUGAAAAAUCACGGCAUUUUGCGGUUCAAUGACUCGAUAGACAUGUAG